CGACACUAAAAUAUACUUUUGCUGCCAGACCAACUCAUUCACAAGUUCAAUCUUCUCUUCCUUUUCAUUUACCUGUCUUCAUUUACUGGCUAAUACUGAUUGAUUCGCUCAUCAAUUUUACCAUAACUCAACCGCCAGCAUGCGUACUGCCUUCUUCUUAUCUCUUUUAUUGGCCUCAGUCUAUGAAGUAUCAGCUGUGGAGAAGACCAGCCCGUUCCUAGCUUGGUCACCACAAGAGUUUACUGUUACCAAGGAUUUGAAUACCCAAGUCAUCUCUGUUCAGGAUCUUCAAAGAGGCGUGCAUGACCUUGUUGAUUGUUCCCACAAAGUGAUUCUAGUCGUUGAUGAGCCCGGGCUUCAUUCUUCUGAUUUGGGACGAGGACGGGACAGGUUAAAGAACCAAGUUCAGGAGGCCCCAAGUUCAGUCCAGAUUCCGUUCAUUGAUGGCGCAAUGGAUCUUGAAAAGCUUGCGGAGAGUCUAUCGCAGAAAUGUCAAACAUCGUUUGUUAACGCCAAUGAAGCUGAUGAUACCGUCAAUACUCUCGAAGGCCCUUCCGUCAUUUACAAGAGGCUUGACUCGGGUUCCGUGGUCGAAAAUGAUAAAAGCCUUGACAAGAUCAUCAGCCAAAUUCGCAAUAAAUUUCAGGAUAACUUUCUGGUUCUUUAUUCGUCAAGCCAGACUAAAGAGUUCCCCAUUAAGCACCGUUUGAGUGCGCGUCAGUUGCCAGGAGAUCCAGCGUCCCAAAAACAGAGCGGUAUCUUCCACAACUACACAUUUUUUUCGCAAGGCAUUUUCAUGGGAUUGCUGAUCGUAGUAAUCGUGAUCCCCAUUGUCUUCAUUGGCGUCACAUGGAACCUCAGCGUGCAACAGCCACAGCGCUUUGAGAAGAAGCAAAAUUAGAUAAAGCGAUGUGCCAUCUACUCUUGUUCUCCUUUCUUUUUGUCAUAACCUGUUUCUAGAUCCUAUUUGAGUGGACAGGCCUAGCUUCCCGUAUAGCACCGUACUGUUUCUACUUAAAUAUAUAUAUCUAGACAUCCAUAGUCCUUUUAUAUUACUUUUAGGCAUACAAAUGAAC